UGGAGACAUUCAACUUCAGUACACGUCGCUGGUUGGUCUGUUGUUGGAGGCCUGGCACGGAAAGGACCCGCGAGUUUUCAGUCCGAGAUCGUCUUUAAUUUCUGUCUUCGAUUAAUCUUUACGUUUCCAACAGGACGGAAUAUUAUAUGCAUACGGAAAAUUUUGUGUACUUUUGUAAUUCGAAUUUUGUAUAGUUUAGUGUGACCCGACAAAGAAAUCUGAAGCCCCAAUAUGGAUGUCGACUCAGACUUGGAGCAACUUAUGAGUCAAAUAGGUGACUUCGGGACGUACCAGCUGCGACAGUCAUUGCUUCACAUGCUGGCAGCUCUCACUGCAGGACUCCACAUGCUUACCCUGGUCACCGUGGCAGCUGUACCUGAUCACAGGUGUGAAGUCCCAGGUGUUGAUGAGAAUGGGACAGUGGCAUUGUGGGACUCACCAGAGGUGCUAGCUUCAGUUCCGCUCAUCAAGGAUGGAGUCUUGGACUCGUGUCACUUGAUAGAUCCCACUACAAAUAGCUCAGUCAAAUGCAGCAAGUGGGUGUAUGACAACACAUACUAUCAGUCUUCAAGAGCCAUAGAGUGGAAUCUGGUCUGUGACAGACGAUGGAUGGGUGCGGUGGCUCAAACUGCCUACAUGUUCGGUGUAUUCACGGGAGCUGUGGUGUUGGGCAGCAUGGCAGACAAGUAUGUCGUCAACCAAUAACAAUUGCUGGGUUGGAAAUGGUAACUAUCCCUAGUUCCUUUAAGUUCUAAACAAGUAAGGCUGUCCAGGAUAACAUUGUAAUAACAUAUUUAAAGUAGACCCAUCACUAUCAUAGCCUUUUCACUUCAUCAUUCACAAUCAUUUAAUGCUGUGUAAGAGACAGCGUUAAAAACAUUGUAAGUAAACUAAGA